AACAUUCGCGCUUUAUACGCUUGAUACGAAGCAUAACGCCGCUAUGUGAGCGCUGCCGCACCAAAGUCUGACCUUCACACACUGUCGAAAUUUUGCACAACUCUUGCCACAAAGCAAAAAAAAAAUAAACGGUAGCAGUCAGCCAGCAAACAAACAACGCUGCAAGCAAACCAACAAACAAACAAAGAAACAAACAAACACAAAAAUAAACAAACAAACAAGACAAGAAACAAACAGCGACUAGCAGUCGAUACAAAAGUUCCUAAAUCCAAGUCACAGUUCCUAAGCAGUUGGAUUGCAGCAGCACUAACUUCGCAACAGCAGCAGCAACUUGGCAACAGCAGCAACAUCGCAACAGCAGCAGCAACUUCGCAGCAACAGCAGCUAAAAGCAGCAACAUGACAGCACUGGGAUUAGUUCUGCUAUCGAUGAUGGGCUAUAGUCAGCACAUGCAGCAGGCGAAUCUGGGCGACGGUGUGGCCACCGCCCGCCUGCUGUCCCGAUCCGACUGGGGUGCCCGGCUGCCCAAGUCCGUGGAGCACUUCCAGGGUCCCGCGCCCUACGUCAUCAUCCAUCACUCGUACAUGCCGGCCGUGUGCUACUCCACUCCGGACUGCAUGAAGAGCAUGCGGGACAUGCAGGACUUCCAUCAGCUGGAGCGCGGAUGGAACGAUAUUGGUUAUAGCUUUGGCAUCGGCGGCGAUGGCAUGAUUUACACCGGCAGGGGAUUCAAUGUCAUCGGAGCUCAUGCACCCAAGUACAAUGACAAGAGCGUGGGCAUUGUGCUGAUCGGAGAUUGGAGAACCGAACUGCCGCCCAAGCAGAUGCUGGAUGCGGCCAAGAACCUGAUCGCCUUUGGCGUUUUCAAGGGCUACAUUGACCCUGCCUACAAGCUGCUGGGCCACCGACAGGUGCGGGAUACCGAGUGUCCUGGCGGCCGCCUGUUCGCCGAGAUCUCCAGCUGGCCGCACUUUACCCACAUAAACGACACCGAAGGCGUCAGCAGCACCACGGCGCCCGUCGUGCCCCACGUCCAUCCACAGGCGGCAGCACCACAAAAGCCGCACCAAUCCCCGCCAGCUGCGCCCAAGGUCUAGGCUGGAUUGGAGGGCCCUCAUCGUCCUCGCAAAGCUUACGAGUUUAAGAGAAGCCACAACGAGCUCGGCUCCACGCACAACGCCAAGGAGUUCAUUCAGUAUUCAUUAGAUGUCUCUUCUAACAUUUCACAAAUAAAGCAAUUUCUAGAUGAUAACAC